CCACCGGCCCGCCCGCGGCGGAGCGCGUGCAUUCCCGCCCCGCGCCCCGUUCCCGCUUGGGGCACUUGUCAUGAGAGACAAGACACCCUGUGAGAAGGACACCUGGGACUGUGCUUGCUUCUGCUUUCUUACCCAACCUUUGCUCAUCUCAAGGAUGUUCUGCCUGCUGCUUGCCCUGGGACUGCUGGAGUUCAGCCUGGCAGGUGCCAUGGAGAUCUGGGUCCCACAUGAGCCAGUGGUAGCCCUUUUUGGCCAAGAUGCCACCUUGCACUGUUCUUUCUCUCCUGAGGCCAACUUCAGCCUCAAUGACCUGAGCAUCAUCUGGCAGCUGACAGACACCAAGCGCUUGGUCCACAGCUUCUUCAGUGGCCAGGACCAGCUGGCAGACCAGGGAGGGGGCUACGCCAACCGUACAGCCCUCUUCUAUGACCAGCUGGCCCUGGGCAAUGUCUCCCUGCUCCUCCGACGUGUGGAGAUCUCGGAUGAAGGCAGCUUCACUUGCUUCGUCCGGGUCCAGGACUACAGCAGCGCAGCUGUGACAUUGCAGGUGGCAGCUCCCUACUCCAAGCCCAAUGUGAACCUGGAGCCCAACAAGGACUUGAAGCCAGGAGAUCUGGCUUCCGUGACUUGCCAUGCUUCCCGUGGCUAUCCUGAGGCUAGCAUCCUCUGGCAGGACAGCCAGGGCAGCAACAUCACCGAAAAUGUCACCACGUCCCAGGUGGCCAAUGAGGAAGGUCUCUUUGAUGUGCACAGCGUCCUCCAGGUGCUGGUGGAGCCCAGCCACACCUACUCCUGCCUGGUGCGAAACCCAUUGCUGCAACAGGAAACACAAGCCUCUGUCACCAUCACAGGCCAACACCUCGCCUUCCCUGCCGUGGCUCUCUGGGUGACAGUGGGACUUGCUGUCUGUGUUGUGGGGCUGCUCGCUGUCCUGGUGUACGUGUGCCAGAAGAAAAUCCGCCAGAGCUGUGAGGAAGAGGAGGAAAACGCAAGGACGGAGGGGCAGGACGAGGAGGGGGAAGGACCCAAGACAGCUCUGCAGCCGCUGAAGAGCGUGGAGAGCAAAGAUGAUGACGAGCAAGAAGUUGAUUGAUGGGAGCUGGGAUACCCCCGAGCAGCACCCUGUGUCCUGGACCAUUCACAAUGUCUCUGGCAGGGAUAAGCUCUGAGUCCCCUGGGGAGGGCACAGACUCGCUGCCACCCCUCACCCCAUGCGCUGUCACUCUUCUCCCUCCCUGGACACGUCUUUGGGGCACCCUGGGGCUCAAGAGAAGCUGCAUCUCUUUAUCGCCAGCAAGCUCUGAAGACCAAUGCAUCCUUCCUGAGGACAGUGUGUGUGGAGUGGAGGCUCUUCCAUGUCCCAUCUGUCUGUCCCCAGCAACAACCAGGGUUGAUCAUUCCCCCUGGCACCCUCUGUGGCUGCUUCUGCAUGGAUGCAGCUGAGCCAGCUGCCUUCCAGGACAAAUUUUGGUACUCCUAUCAAGACCAAAGGCCUUGAGAGGGGUGAUGGGCUCAAUGAAGUCUCCGGGAGCGACCAGUGGAGCAAUAGAGACUCCAGGAAGAUGGAUGGGACCUGUAGGGUCCCCAGGCAUGGGGGGAGCAUGGGGGAAGCGCAGUUCUUUUGGCCCCCAUGCUCUUGGCACCGCUCUGAGGGUGUACUGGACUGAUUAUUUUUUUCACAUUGCACCACUGUUGUUCCCACAGAACUUAUCUUUGCCUUAAGUGCCCUGGUGGGGUUUUGCAUUUAUUCCCUGGCUUGAAUUAACCUGGAGGAUUUUUUUGGUGCUGGUGGUCAAGAGGCAGCACUUGGGGUGGACCUGCUGAGCAGGUGAAGCCCCACUGUCCUCCCAUGGUGACAAAGCCGAGGCUUUGGGUACUAAAGCACUGCUGGAGACAAACCUGGCUAGUGUGUGUGGUUGAGCACUCAUUUGCUGUGGGAUUUGAUGGGUCUUUGAACCUGUGCAUGUCCAGGGGGAUCUUCACAGCAGGGUGCACGAGCCACCCAAGCCUCCAGGAUGAACAGGGUACCAUGUCUGCUCCAGUGGGAUGAGAAGUCCCUGCUGUGUCCCUCGAUGGGUUUUCUGCUGGUUUUAUCAUCAUUUAAAAUCUAGAAUUUGAAAGAAAAUUUUGUGCCUUGACAAAUAAAUUUGGAGGUUG